AUGGUGUCGUUCAUGGUGAAAGCCUAUCUUCUGGACAAGGAGGAGGCGACCCGCGAGAUCCACCGCUUCAGCUUCUGCUUCAGCCCAGAGUCGGAGGCAGAAGCCCAGGCUGCGACCGGCCUGGGGCCCUGCGAGAGGCUGCUGAGCAGAGUGGCUGUGCUGUUCCCCACGCUGAGGCCUGGAGGCUUCCUGGAGCACUACCGCGAGGAGGAUGCGGACUUGGCUGCCUUUUCCAGUGAUGAGGAGCUGACAAUGGCUAUGUCCUAUGUGAAAGAUGACAUCUUCCGCAUCUACAUUAAACAGAAGGAGCGCCGGCGGGAACAUCGCCCACCAUGUGCUCAGGAGGCACCCCGAAACAUGGUGCACCCCAAUGUGAUUUGUGAUGGUUGCAACGGGCCUGUGGUGGGAACUCGCUAUAUGUGCCCAGACUAUGACCUGUGCAGCGUGUGCGAGGGGAAGGGCCUGCACAGGGAACACAGCAAGCUCAUCUUUCCCAACCCCUUUGGCCACUUCUCUGAUAGCUUCUCUCAUAGCCGCUGGCUUCGGAAGCUGAAACAUGGACACUUUGGCUGGCCUGGCUGGGAGAUGGGCCCACCGGGGAAUUGGAGCCCACGUUCUCCUCACGCAGGGGAUGGUCGCCCUUGCCCCACAGCUGAGUCAGCUUCUGCUCCAUCAGAAGAUCCCAAUGUCAAUUUCCUGAAGAAUGUGGGGGAGAGCGUGGCAGCUGCCCUCAGCCCUCUAGGCAUUGAGGUUGACAUUGAUGUGGAACAUGGAGGGAAGAGAAGCCACCUGACACCCACCACCCCAGAAAGUUCCAGCACAGGCACAGAAGACAGGAGUAACACUCAGCCAAGCAGCUGCUCUUCGGAAGUCAGCAAACCUGACAGGGCUGAGGAGGGCCCUGCUCAGUCUCUGACUGAGCAAAUGAAAAAGAUAACCUUGGAGUCGGUGGGACAGCCAGAGGAACAGAUGGAGUCGGGAAACUGCUCAGGAGGAGACGAUGACUGGACACAUUUGUCUUCGAAAGAAGUGGACCCAUCCACAGAGGCUGAUCCCUGGCUGAUUGAGAGUCCCUCUGUCCCAUGGAUGAAACCGAGAAACUCAUGGAUGCUGUCCAUGGGUUUCUCAGAUGAAGGCGGCUGGCUCACCAGGCUCCUACAGACCAAGAAUUAUGACAUCGGGGCUGCUCUGGACACGAUCCAGUAUUCAAAGCACCCUCCACCAUUGUGAUAGUGCUGUGGCCA